UUGUCUAAUUUUGAUCGAGCGCACACUCGCGCGUUCAGACGUCGAAGUAAUCACGCAGUUCUACGGCUAGUGCUGAAGCUGAUCGACGGCAUCGAAUCGGCGGGGCUUCGACUCGUUUCGUUUCGUUUCGUUUCGUUUCGUUACAGACACGUGCGUGGACACCUCGAUUUGGCAAAGUCAAAGAUAAAAGUGAGUGGCAGAUUUGGAUGCUGCGGGUUACGGGUGCAAGAAACCUGUCCAAGGUUGAAGAAAGAAAUAAUUAGCUUUUGAGCAAUCUUCUGCGAUUGCCCUAGUCGCGCGAGUGUUGCCCUGGUCGUGCGGUAGAACCGGUUUCGGACUUAGGUUGCUAAUUUUGUGACUAAUAGACGGAGAAUUCUUUCCAGAAGUUGCGAGGAAUAGCAGGGCGAAGGUAGUGACAGUGAUUGUUCUGUGUAGUCGGUUGUUGGUGGCUAACCGAUUCAUCAGCUGUUAACGACGAUGAUUCGUCAAUUUUUGGGUCAACUAAGGCUGCUUGGUUUCGUGUUGGUUUUGUUGCUGCUGGUCAGUGAUGUUAACUUUGUACACGGUAGGACAUCCGAGAAGCUAAUAGUGACGUUGCCUCAUGGAGGAUCUUUGGUGGGCCGCUUUCUACAUUCGUUCAGUGGUCGGGGAAUACUAGCGUUCCUGGGUGUUCCAUAUGCGAAACCACCCGUUGGGGAACUGCGGUUUAAGGCUCCCCUGCCGUUCGGUGGCUGGACUGGCGAACGGAAAGCCAUCACCGAUGCACCACUCUGCACGCAGCGAGAUCCGUACCGGAGAGAUGUUGACAUUUCCGGUGUCGAAGAUUGUCUGCAGCUGAAUGUGUACGUACCGGAACGAGCUGCGAGCGAUGAUCCGCUGCCGGUGAUGGUGUUCUUCCACGGUGGCGGAUGGCAGUGUGGAUCCGGUACGAGAGGCUUCUACGGUCCGGACUUUCUGCUGGAUCACGACGUGAUCUAUAUCGGUGCUAAUUUUCGGCUCGGUCCGCUUGGGUUUCUGAGUACCGAGCAGGAAGAUUGUCCUGGAAAUAAUGGUCUUAAGGAUCAGAAUCUCGUUCUGAAGUGGAUCCAGGAGAACAUUGCUUCCUUCGGAGGUAAUCCUAAACUGGUUACAGUAUUUGGAGAAAGUGCAGGUGGUGCUAGCGGAACCUAUCACAUGAUGUCUCCCUUGUCGCGGGGACUGUUCCAUCGCGUCAUUUCACAAUCCGGUGUCAAUCUGGAUUCGUGGGCUCAGCCCACGCAUCCGGGUGUCGCCCGGCAGCGAUCGGUUCAACUAGGCGAAAUGCUCGGGUGCCCGCAGGGACAGAAGAAUAACUUCCGCGCGAUGGUCGACUGUUUGCGUGGAGUUUCGGCCGAGGAAGUGACGAAGGCGUUCUAUGCCUUUUUCACUUGGGACACGGACCCGAUGAUUCCAUUCCCUCCUGUUGUUGAACCGGAUCUUCCUGGGGCAUUUAUUACUAAACAUCCGAGAGAUGAGUUGGAACCGCAUGGUCUAUCAGUGCCGUGGAUGACUGGUGUGACCAUGGAUGAGGGAGCGUUGAAAAGUGCAUCUCUCAUCAACCUGCCUGAGCUCCGAGCCAGUCUGAAUGAGAACUGGGAUCGGGCGUUGCCCGUUUCUUUGAACUACGACCACCAUGACAAGUCCCGGCAGCGGGAAAUUACUAGCGCGAUCAACCAAUUUUACUUUAACAACCAAAAACUAAUUAAGGAAACGGAACAGAACCUAACCAACCUCUACACGGAUGCCUGGUUCCUGGCCGGAAUGGACGAAUACUUACACAUUCGAUUGGAGGCUAGCCCGCAACGAAAAACUGCAAUCGGUCCCACAUUUGUGUACCUGUUCGCUCAGCGUACGGCAGCCAGUUUUACAGAAAUAUUCGAGGGUGGUCACGAUAAAUAUUAUGGUGUUUGCCACGCCGAAGAUCUCCAGUUCCUGUUCCCGAUAGCGAAGGAUCUCUUCGUAACUUCCAUUCCAACGCCCGAAGAGCUAGAAAUUCGCCGAGUGCUCACCAAACUGUGGGUAAAUUUUGCACGUACUGGAAAUCCUACCCCGUCGGAGAACGCAACGCUUCCCAGGUGGCCCUCUACGGCCGGUUUUCCGCUGACGUACCUGCGAAUUGGCAGUAUGCAUCCGGAACGGGAACCACUGCUAGCGGUCGAGAGUGGACUGCUCGAAGAACGAUCCGCUUUUUGGCGCGAACUGAAGGCACAUCAUCAUUCGUCGCACCUGGCCGCGAAGGACGAACUGUAGGAACUGGAUUAGGCUCGAUGGGGAUAUAAGUCAUCAGUAUUUUUAAGGAAUUGGAAUUAAACUUGACGUUGGGUUUCACUGAGA